CAUAGUGAAAUUUGUUUGUUGUAGUUGGUGGCUUGGUUGGUUGGUAGAUAUAUGACGGCUGCGUUGGAGUUAUAUGUUAAUUUCUGUUAUUUUCCAAGCAAAUAGGAGCAUUGGCAGCUGUUAAUAAACCAAUCCAAGUUCAAGAAAAUGAGUAUGCAGAGAGAAGAGAAGGCACUGGAUGCCGCUCUGGAUGCCUUCUCACAGCGGCUCAACGAUCUGAAGCAGUCCAUUGGGCAAACACUGCAGAAGCUGGAGGCAGGUCAUGAGCACAUGAGCUGGCCAUCUCUGCUGGACAGCUUUGCGCUACUUUCUGGUCAGCUGAACAACCUGCUGCGCGUGCUGAAGAACGAGAAGACGCCGCUGCUGCGGAACCGCGUGACGCUGCCGCUGCUGCUGUCGCCCGAGCGCGACGAGCAGUUGGUGCGACUCACCGAGGGCCGCGUGCCGGCGUUCGCGCACGACCUGGUGCCGCACUACCUGCGCACCAAGCAUGACCCCAUGGUCGAGGAGCGGCUCCAGAUGGUCGAGAGCAAGGCCGCCUCGAUCAGCGCCGACGCCGCCCAGAAACAAGUGACGGCGAUGAACAAGGUGGUGAACAACCUGUUGGACACGAUCCAGCAGUCUCGCGAGGACUGGGAGAGCGAGUCGGCACGCGCGCAGCUGAGCCAGACCUCCUCGGUGGCAGACACGCAGCUGUUGAUCGCCGCCAUCGGCACUGGAAAGGGUCUGAAGAGCGGCCCGUCCGCCCGGCAGGCCCCUGCCCCUAUGCCCGCGCCAGCUCCUGUUCAGAUGCCGCAAGUGAACAAAGCUCCGAGCUCCAUCAAAACUAACAUCAAGGCCAACAUACAGACGCACCCGUACAAAUAGACAGCUGGAGAUAGCCCAUGCCACGACGGCGGCUCGGACUAGGUCCCGCAGUCGGUGACUGAGUUGACCUGACUAGCUGAUCCGGUCCACUUUGGGCACUUCCAUGGUGCAGAGCUCUGCGAGUGGAGCCGUGCGGACGGUGUACCGGAUAAGGAACUCAUUUUUCGCGUUUCCUUCACUCGUGUGUACAGCCUGGUCGGCAGUCUCAGUCGUAUUUCAACUGGAGGUCAGGACAUGCCGGCAUGGACCUUGUAAUUAACCGGCCGCCACGCAUUUUGAAGUGAACACUGAUUGGUGGUAAACUGAGGUCUACUGUGCUGCCGUAUAAAUGCAAAACCCAUUAUGUUCGGGUGACCUCUGAUCUGAGGUAAUGGCCUCUGACCCGACAUAAUGGUUUUUGCCUUUGCACGGCAGUGUGCAUUUGUUUCAAUGCAGUAUAUUCAGUAAAUGCUGAGUGGGAAUCGGCUAGAUGCCUGCUCAUUUCUCGUGUCCGUUCAGCUAAGCUGGAACAAGUAUGUUUUUUUUUAUUCGUUGAGUAAUAUCUCGCAUCUUGCGACAAUUCACUACCAUCCAGCUGUCCCAUAACCCGUGACCGGAUUCACCGGCUAUCUGACGUUAUUUAUGCAUCGUCAUCUCCUUAGGUACUAGCGAUGACUUUCCCAGAGAAACUCUCGCGGCUCGUAGUAGCGUUAUAUUGCUCUCCAUUCGGAAGUGUUGGGCGCCGUGUUUAGCCUCGUCCCAGCGUGGCGAGCUGAUGACGGUGAUGUCAAGCGUCGAGUGAAUACCUAUGGUUGAGGAUUGAUUAAUAAAUAAAUGGGCUCCAUCGUC